GUCUAUAGUUCACGUAUCCACAGCGUACAGUCACGCUACACACAGUCGAGUGGGGCGAGCUGUUAAGGAACAGUUUUACGAUAGUCCUGUACCACCAAAUGCCUUCAUAGAUUUGGCAGAAACUAUUGAUGAAAAUAAAUUAGAAAAUAUGAUGCAACAAGUAAAAGCGGAUUGGCCAAACGCUUAUUCCUUUUCAAAAGCACUCGGCGAAGAGAUUGUGCGUUCUGAAGCAGAAAAUUUACCUAUCUCUAUUGUUAGACCGGCAAUCGUUAUUUCUUCAUAUCGUGAGCCAUUGCCAGGAUGGAUUGAUCCGAUGAAUUCAUUGGGUCCCAGUGGACUUAUUUUGGGUUUGAUGACUGGUAUUAUUCACGUGUUGAGAACGCGUCAAAAUAUCGUGCUGAGCUUGGUGCCGGCUGACCUGGUCACCAACACGACGCUCGUCGCCGCCUGUGAGACCGCCAAGGCACAAACCAAUAAAGACAAUAUCAAAAUUUACAACAUAACGAAUAAUCGCAACCCGUUGUUAUGGUCGGAACUUGGCAAUGUUCUUGAGACUUUUGGAAGGAAAUUAAUUACAUCACGUGCGAUUUGGUAUUGCUUUACUAUACAAACUACGCAUAAAUUCUUGUUCACAAUUCUAUUCUGGCUCUUACAUUACGUACCUGCAUUUAUCGUGGAUACUGCUUGCAGACUCACAAACAGGCGUCCAAU